AUGUUUAGAAGUUUAGACAAUGAUAGUGAUGGAUUUGUGAAUGAAGGACUGGAUGUUAGUGAAGGAAGUGAUGAUUUUAAAUCAAGUGGACCAUCUUCAUUUAGUGACAGAAGCAAUGAAACAAAAAUACAUAUUACGCGAUCAAAGUAUAAUCAAGAAUCAUUAUUUCGUGAAAUGGUCUAUAGAAAAGAGCCAUCAAAGUCAUUUAUUAAGAGAAAAGUUGAACAAAUCAAUAAGGAAGCGAUUCAACAGUCAAUUUUAGAUGCAUUUCCGAUAAUUUCAUGGCUUCGGACAUACUCGAAAGAUGACUUUACCGGCGACUUGGUCAGUGGCUGUACAGUUGCAAUAAUGCAAAUACCGCAGGGCAUGGGUUAUGCCUUAUUAGCAAAUCUUCCGCCAGUCGUUGGAAUUUAUAUGGCGUUCUUCCCUGUACUUUUGUAUGUCAUCUUCGGAACUUCGCGUCAUAAUGCAGUAGGAACAUUUGCUGUUGUCUCAAUAAUGGUCGGUAAGAGUGUGAUUACAUAUUCAAGUGACUAUAGUAGCUCAGAUCUAGCUAGAAAUGCUGGAUAUACAUCAACAGAAGUAGCGACACUGCUUUGUUUUCUUGUGGGAAUGAUUCAGCUAAUUAUGUACAUUUCUCGAAUGGGCGUUUUGUCAUUUCUACUUUCUGAAUGUUUAGUCAGUGGAUUUACAACUGGUGCUGCCAUACACGUUUUCACAUCUCAAGUUAAAGAUUUAUUGGGCAUCAAAUUGCAGCGAAUUAGCGGAACUUUUGAAAUGAUUAAGACGUACACAGAAGUAUACAAUCAGCUAACCAAUGUAAAUAUUGCAGCACUGAUCAUGUCCUUAUCUACAAUCGUGAUUCUCCUGAUCAACAAUGAAAUUUUAAAGCCACGAGUAUCAAAAAUCACAAAAAUUCCAGUUCCUAUAGAAUUAAUUCUUGUUGUUGGAGGGACUUUUCUAUCAAAAUAUGCGAAUCUACCUGAAAUAUAUGGAAUCGAUCCUGUUGGACAUAUUCCACUUGGCUUACCCGAACCAUCAAUUCCUCGAUUUGAUUUAUGGAGUGAAUUGCUCGUUGAUUCAAUAGCUAUUGCAUUUGUGUCAUACUCAAUUACUGUAUCGAUGGCUUUAAUUUUUGGACAGAAAUAUAAAUACGAGAUUGGAUUUAAUCAAGAGAUAUUAGCUUUGAGUGUUUGCAACAUAUUUUCAUCAAUGUUCAGCUGCCUUCCAACUUCAGCCUCACUUUCACGUACUGUAAUUCAAGAAACUGCUGGUGCUCGAACUCAAUUGGCAUCUUUUGUUUCAUCAAUAUUGAUUCUAUUUGUUCUGCUUUGGAUCGGACCAUUCUUUGAAGUGCUGCCUAGGUGUAUCUUGGCAGGAGUCGUGGUCGUAGCAAUUAAAGGAAUGCUGAUGAAAAUAUCAGAAUUUAAUCAUUUCCGAAGAAAAAGUAAUAGAGAUGGAUUUGUGUGGCUUCUAACCUUCCUGUCAGUCGUGAUAUUCUCAAUUGAUGUUGGACUUCUUGUUGGAAUAUGCUUGAGUGUGCUGUGUCUCUUCUUUUAUGGAAUAAACAGUCACAUGUGUGUUCUUGGAAAUGUGCCACAGACAGACUUUUAUCUUGAUAUUGAUAAAUUCCAAAAGGCUAUAGAAAUACCAAAUGUCAAAAUAGUGCAAUACAGUGGAACCAUUAAUUAUGCCACAAAAGCUUCAUUCCGUAAUCAACUCUGCGAAAUCUUGAAGAUAAAUUUGUUGAAAGAAAUGAAGCAGAAAGAAAUGUCAAUUGAUAAAAAUGGCAAGCAAUCAAUCCCAUCAUCAUCAAUUUCAUUUAAUCACUUAAUAAUUGACUUCGGACCAUUAGCAAAUAUUGACUCAUCUUCAAUUAAAAUGCUGACAGACUUGAUAAAUGACUUCGAGAAGUUGAAUAUUAAAAUCUCGAUUUCAUCGUGCACCACAAAAAUUUAUGAGAUUUUAAUAAAGAAUGAAUUUAAGUUUAUGAAUAUGUUAUAUCCAUCAAUACAAGAUGCUGUUCAUGAUACAUUAAUAGAUCAUUUUGCAUGA